GUAAAGCGCAGGCUCGGGGGGGUCAUGGUGGGACGUGGAGCGGAUCCUCACAGGGUCACGGUGGUCCACGGAGACCAGUCUGAGACCACCUGUUGAAAAACACAGACACUGCUGCUAUCUACUGGUCAAUAAUCUACACUGCAGGUGAGAGUUCAGCUGCUUCCUCUCGCGAUAUCUGCUCACUUGAACAGGACAUAAACAGGAACCGGGACAUGGCAUCGGUGUUCGGAGGAGUGGAGGGUGGAGGGACCCACUCGAAGGCGGUUCUGGUGUCAGGAGAUGGGAGGAUCCUGGCAGAGACGGAGGGACCGUCCACCAACCACUGGUUGGUGGGGGUGGACAAAUGUAUUGAAACCAUCAACGACAUGGUGCAGAGAGCCAAGGUGGAGGCCGGACUGGAUCCAAACACGCCACUGGGCUCACUGGGCAUGUCUCUGAGCGGGGGGGAGCAGAAGGACGCCAUCGACAAACUGAUCGCUCUCAUGAAGGAACGCUUCCCCGGUCUCAGCCAGAACUACUUCAUCACCACUGACGCCAUCGGAGCCAUGGCAACCGCUAGCGAUUGUGGAGGUGUCGUGCUGAUAUCAGGGACCGGCUCCAACUGCAAGUUGGUAAAUCCCGAUGGCUCGCAGAUCGGCUGCGGAGGCUGGGGUCACAUGAUGGGAGAUGAAGGAUCGGCAUUCUGGAUCGCUCAUUUGGCGGUGAAGACGGUGUUCGAUGCCAAAGACCACCUGGUCGCUCCUCCUCAUGACAUCACCCACGUCAGAAAAGCCAUGGAGGAAUAUUUCCAGGUGUCAGAUCUGAUGGACUUGCUGCCGCACCUCUACAGGAACUUCCAGAAGUCCCACUUUGCUGGUUUCUGCAAGAAGCUGGCUGAAGGUGCGGAGGCCGGGGACGCUCUGUGUCAGUACGUGUUCACUCAGGCCGGGAGAGUCCUGGGAAAACACGUGGAGGCCGUGUUGCCUGCAGCACAAGAGCCUCUGUUGAGGGGGGGCCACGGCCUGCCCAUCCUGUGCGUCGGUUCGGUGUGGAAGAGCUGGGAGCUUCUGAAGUCAGGGUUCACAGAGGUCCUGGAUAGACUCGCCUCAUCUGACCGCUACAAGGGCCGUUUCCAUGGAUACAGCCUCCUGAGCUUGCGGCAGUCCUCGGCUCUCGGCGGCGCCAGUCUCGGAGCUAGGAGUUUAGGCGCUGCACUGACCAUGGAUUACGCAGCCAAUGCCGACGUUUUCUACAGACACACCUUCAGCAGCAGCCAAUGAGAGUAAAGUGGAGGAUAAUUUACCGUCCUGUUUGUAAUAGUUAGCAUCAUGGCUAAUAAUGCUAGUAAUAAUUACAAUAAUGACUACCAAUGUUGAAAAUAUCACAGAUUGUGCUGCUUCAUUCCAAAUCUUUGCAGCUUUGUUUACAUUUGACAUGUAUAAUAAAAUACACCGUUAAUUUGACGAAAAAAAAUUCAGGGUUGUAAAUCAGAAUCUGAAGAUAAUUCAAGUUUCAUUCAAAAGAAAUCAGCCCUUCGUUCAAUGUUUUGCAGGUUUUUUCUGUACUUGUUUUUUUUACCACUAGAUGCCUUUCUACUUGGGCCCACACGUGCUGAGCUAUUGCUGAAUGUGCCUUUAUUCACAGCUCAAUCAUUUACAAUUUGUUCUUGAUUCUUUCAGAUUUAUAAUAAACAUGAUUCAUUACCUUA